AUGAACGAGGAACCUCACGCCCACGAAAAUUUGUUUGCCAAAGCUCAGAGAUCCGGCUUUGCGGAUGCGGAAGUUGCCAGCAUAGGUAGCGAGAAGAAUCGCAGUUCCGGUGCGUCAGCUAUUGCAGCUGGUACAGAACUUCCAGGCAAUCCUCAGGCUUCAAGACCCCAAUCACUGAGCAUAUAUCUACUCGAACCAUUUAUUUUAAUCCUGCUGUUUGCCUACAACUUCUCAUCAACCGUUCUGAAGAAUGAAGUCAUCUACCAAAGCUGCACGGCGGGUUUGGGAUAUCCGGAUAGUGUUUGCCAGCUGCUGGGCACCAAAAAUGUCACUAAUGAAACAAAGAGAAUUGAGGAGCAAGUGCAGCCAUACGCUGCGCAGGUCACACUGGCGAUGCGAUUGGUGGAGUGUUUUAUUCCCGCUUUUUGUGGACUCUUUGCUGGCUCCUGGGUGGACCACUAUGGACGCAAGCCCCUUCUCAUGUGCUCCUUUCUAGGCUACGGCCUUCAGUAUCUCAUUUCAGCUGGGAUUGCCUACUGUGCCAUGCACACCCAAGGUCUGGUCAGUCCCUGGUGGUAUGUGCUAUCCAUCAUACCGCUCUCCUGCUUGGGAAGCAGUGUUACCUAUUCGGUGGCUGCCGUCUGUUUUAUUGCCGAUGUCUCCGAUGGAAGAGUUCGAUCUUACAGGAUGAUUGCCUAUGAACUGGCCAUAUAUGUGGGCCUGCUCCUUGGUAGCCUUGGUUCUGGUUAUGCAUACGAGGCCACGGACGCCUACAUUGUGUUCAGCAUAUCUGCAGUUUGCAUUUUCACUGCUCUCUUUCUGAUGGCACUCCUCCUACCGGAGAGUUUGCCCGCCAGAAAUAGGACACUAUCAAUGCUAUCUACUGGCACCAGUGUGAUUUCCAUGCUGAAGAGCUUGUGGAUCACCUACACGAAGCCUCGAGAGCACCAGAAUCGAUUCAUGCUCACUACCAUCAUGGUAGUACUGCUCCUCCCCGCAUUUGUAUCGGACGGCAGCAACUCGGUGUUUUAUAAGUUUAUGAGGAUAAAGUUCCAUUGGACCGUAAAGCAGUUUACUGAAUACGAGACCGUUGGCAUUUUGGUACCCGCAGUGGCUGGUUCAGGUGGAGUUCUCUUCAUUUGGUCGCUCCGUAAGUGCACCAAUUCGGCGAUCCUGUGGCUGGCACUGGUGUCCCUGCUGAGCCACUGCUCCAGCAGCCUGAUGAAGGGCUUCGCCUUGGAGAGCUGGCAGAUAUACGUGGCCAUUGGGCUGGGUGUUUUCAAGUCGCUUGUGAAUCCCAUGUGCCGCACCAUGAUCACCAAUCUGCUGCCGGCUGAUGAGCGGGGCAAAAUCUUCGCCCUGCUUUGCGUCUUGCAAGCACUUUCCCCCCUCAUAUCUUCCACCUUGUACGUUGCGAUCUACACCCGUACACUGAACACUGAGCCGGGGAUUUUCAACGUGUUCAGCGCCUUCUUAUUUGGCAUCGGCAUUAUUCUGCUGGGCACGGUUUGGCACAAAAAGUCGAGAAAUCUGGUGUACUAUGAGCCGGUUUUCAAAUGAUUUAUGGGCGAAUCAAAGUGGAGAAUGGAAGAAAGUGCCAGUCAAGUUUUGGCUAUCAAUUACACAGGUGGGCUGGACUGGCUUUGGGGACUCCCUCCACUCAUCCGUAUAUCAACUCGAAUCUAUUUACAUACUCGAUUGUCGCGCAAUAACCUAUACAACCCAUACAAAUCCAAGCGUAGAGUUUGGGGAAUUGUGCUUUGGCAAUAUCUCGAGAUCUCACUCUCCCUUCCCUUGGGAAAAAUCGUUUAAUUACAGAAGCAAAAUAUUUUCUCAUUAACAAAAAUAUGGGUUAUUAUUGCAGCCAAGCUGUGGCGUGUGCCCAGUCACUUGACAAUUCUUACGGAAUAUCUAUAAAAAUGUCAGGAUGUGCGCACUUUUGUACAUAUGCCCCACCACCAACGAUUGGUGCUAACUACGGAUCUGAGCGAGCGCUAAUUCCACUCGCUAAUUUUAAAUUAGUCGCCAGGUUUUUUACACCCUUGAUCGAGAUGGGUCUUGUGGCCGCCAUCUACUCGAAACCCGAAUGGAACUCAAUUUACGCACGAAUUUAGUGACCCAGCGGAGCAGAACGAAAUCCCUGGAAUUCUGGGUGGAUUCUAGUUAUUCUAGUGUCUUUGGUGGAUUCAAGCCGACCGUAUCGCAUGAAUUGUCAUCGGGCCAAUUAAAAUGAAUGUAAAAAAUGA